AUGAGGCCUGCGACCCCGGGCCGUCCUCCGAUCAAGACGACCACCGCCGCUGCGCCCCGGCCCAAGUCCCCCUCCCCCUCCCCUAUCCCACCUCCUACCCCUCCCCCCUUCCACUACCUCUACCCCUCGCCCCCCGGCCUGCCCUGCCUGGGCCGCCGCUUCCUUCCCCUUCCUCCCCCCCCCCCCGUCAGCCCCCGCCCGCGGAAGGCCGGCCCCCCGCCCGGGAAGCUGUACCCCUGCGGCGCGUGUGGCCGCAUCUUUCGGACGCUCCUCCAACCUGGCCCGGCACCGGCGCAGCCCACACGGGCGCUCAGCCGUACCGUGCAGUGCGGCGACUGCGGCAAGCGCUUCAACUACCCGUCGGAGCUGGAGACCCACCAGCGGGUCCACACCGGCGAGCGCCCCUUCACCUGCUCCGUCUGCGGCAAGGGCUUCACCCAAUCCUCCAACCUGCUGACCCACCAGCGGGUCCACACCGGCGAGCGGCCCUUCACCUGCGCCCUCUGCGGCAAGGGCUUCACCUGCUCCUCCAAGCUGAUGACCCACCACCGGGUCCACACCGACUACGAGCGCCCCUACCCCUGCCCCGACUGCCGCAAGGGCUUCAAGCGCUCCAAGGCGCUGAUGAUGCACCAGCGCAUCCACACGGGGGAGCGGCCCUUCACCUGCGCCCGCUGCGGCAAGCGCUUCACCCGCAGCUCCGACAUGCUGACCCACCAGCGGGUGCACACCGACCGCCGGCCCUACGCCUGCCCCCGCUGCGCCAAGCGCUUCAAGAGCGCCAAGGAGCUGACCCAACACGAGAGGGUGCACACCGACGAGCGGCCCUUUUUCCGCUGCACCCCCCGCUGCGGCAAGCGGUUCAUGUACUCCUCCAACCUGCUGCGGCACCAGCGCAUCCACACCAACCCGCCCGGGGAGAGGCCGAGGGGCAGGGCCUGGGGGGGCAGGCCUGCUGAGUGGCGGGGUGGGGGGAGGGGGGGGUGA